UUAACUUACCUUUAGCAGAAUUCUUGGCAUAAAGUUACAUUUACAAAAAGUUUUGUCAGCUUUGAACGACUCCAGACCGGAAAUGGGACUUUUGUUGUUUUUCAGCGAUGGCGGAGCACACAGAGACAGAAAGCAUUGGCCUUGUCGCUACCAGCAUGGCUCAGCAGCCAGCACUACAUUUCCCUGCCACUGCUCCUCCUCCUGCUAACCCAGCGUCCCGCAGACAGCCGUUACUGAGCACCCCCGUGCCUCCUUUUGCCAUGAUGAGGGGUCCUCCACCUGCUGCCCAACCCCCUUUUGGACGAAUUCCUUUUGAUCCCAGUGUGCCUCCGCCCAUGGGUGCCCCACCUUUACAGAGAGCACAGUUCAUGCCCCCACCAACGGGAUCCAUGCCACCUCCACCUGGCAUGAUUUUCCCACCGGGAAUUCCCCCUGCAGCUUCUCCUGCUCCACCUUCUCUGUCAUCUACAGAAGAGAUCUGGGUGGAAAACAAGAGUCCAGAAGGAAAGGUGUAUUACUAUAAUGCACGUACACGGGAGUCAGCUUGGACAAAACCUGAAGGCGUGAAGGUGAUCCAGCAGGCAGAACUGGGUCCACUAAUGCUGAGCCAGGCAGCAGCGGCGGCGGCAGCAGCAGCAGCGGGCGGGGGUAACACUGGACACGGUUCAUCACCCAGCAUCCCAACUGCAACAAGCAGCAAUGCAACCUCACACAGCUCUCAGACUCCUCCCACAGUCAUGAUCGCCACCUCCUCCCCCAGCAUCACUUCAGCUUCGCCCCUCCUUCCGACACCUGCGACAGUCCCAGAAGUCGUGGAGAUGUCGUCCGCUGUGACCACAACCCAUUGUGCCAUGCCAGCCCCAUUAGCAGCUGUCAAUCCCCCGACAGUGACGGUCGCCAUGACAACAGGACCGCCACCCCUGUCUGUGGCAUUGCCCCAUACUGUGCCACAGUCUGCAGCUCCAAUGCCAGGAUUCCCUCCCGUCAUGGUGCCUCCCUUCAGAGUGCCUCUGCCCGGGAUGCCCAUUCCACUCCCUGGUGUAGCAAUGAUGCAGAUAGUAAGCUGUCCCUAUGUAAAGACUAUCUCUCCUACCAAAAACGGUAUGCUCCCUGGCAUGGCACCUCCCUUAGUUCCUAUGAUGCCCCAUCAAAUGACGUUGGCAGCCGGACACCCAGGAUUGGCCGGAGGUCUGGGCACAUCCGACUGGACUGAGUUCAGAACCCCAGAUGGAAAGUCCUACUAUUACAACAAACACACACAGGAGACCACCUGGGAGAAACCUGAGGAACUCAAAAAGACAGAAAAAGAGAACGAGAAGAUCAAAGACCCAAUGAUGGACAUGAUCGAUGCUGAAAUCAUGGACAUGGAAGAUGGAAGCCCAAAAAUUGAACCUCCUAAAGAACAGAAAGAGGAGCUGAAAGACAUUGAGAUGACUGACCAACAGAAAGCAGCGAUAAAAGCAAAGCCUGUGGCAACAACCCCCAUCCCUGGCACACCAUGGUGUGUGGUGUGGACGGGCGACGAGCGAGUCUUUUAUUAUAACCCCACCACACGUCUGUCCAUGUGGGAGCGGCCGGAGGAGCUGUUGGGUCGUGCUGAUGUCGAUAAAGCUAUUCAGGAACCACCACACAAAAAAGGCCUGGAUAACAGCUACAGACAACUAGUGUUGGCUAAAGAGGAGCCAGAGCCUGUUUUAGCUGAAAAUAUACCUGAGGAUGAACCCAACAAGGCCAAGAGAAGAAAAAUAGAGGAAAAGGAUGUGGACACCGAAAAGGAGGCAGCCAUGGAGGCGGAGCUAAAGGCAGCGCGCGAGAGAGCCGUGGUUCCUCAGGAGGCCCGGAUGAAUCAGUUUAAAGACAUGCUGCUUGAACGAGGGGUCUCGGCGUUUUCUACCUGGGAGAAGGAGCUUCAUAAGAUAGUUUUUGAUCCACGCUAUCUGCUGCUGAAUCCCAAAGAAAGGAAGCAGGUGUUUGAUCAGUACGUGAAGACUCGCGCUGAGGAGGAGCGUAAGGAGAAGAAGAAUAAAAUCAUGCAGGUGAAAGAUGACUUUAGGAAAAUGAUGGAGGAAGCUAAGCUCAAUGUCAGAACAACAUUUAGUGAGUUUGCUGCUAAACAUGCAAGGGAUUCACGCUUUAAAGGCGUCGAGAAGAUGAAAGACCGAGAAGCUAUUUUUUUCGAAUUUAUGACGGCCCUCCGAAAGAAGGAGAAAGACAACUCAAAGAAUCGUGGAGACAAGGUCAAGCAGGACUUCUUUGAACUGCUGUCAGAUUAUCAUGUGGAUGGCCAGCAGCGCUGGAGCAAAGUGAAGGAGAAGAUGGAAACGGACCCUCGCUACAAAGCCGUGGAGACCUCAGCAGUCCGGGAGGAACUUUUCAAGAACUACGUAGAGCGCCUGGCCAAGAACCCAAACUCAGACAAAGAAAAGGACCUUGAGAAGCAGGCCCGGAUCGAGGCCAGCCUUAGGGAGAGAGAGCGGGCGGUGCAGAGAUUUCGCUCAGAACAGACCAAAGAGAUCGAUCGGGAGCGCGAGCAGCACAAAAGAGAGGAGGCCAUCCAGCAUUUUAAAGCACUCCUGUCGGACAUGGUCAAAUCACCGGAUGCCAACUGGUCGGAGACGCGUCGGACCCUGAGGAAGGACCACCGCUGGGAGUCUUCCUCCCUCUUGGAGCGAGAGGAGAAAGAAAGGCUCUUCAAUGAGCACAUCGAGGCCCUCGCCAAGAAGAAAAAGGAGCAUUUUCGCCAACUCUUGGACGAGACGAUCUCGAUCACUUUAAUGUCAACAUGGAAAGAAGUAAAGAAGAUCAUUAAAGAAGAUCCGAGAUGCAUUAAGUUCUCAAGCAGUGACAGGAAACGACAGAGAGAGUUUGAUGACUACAUUAAAGACAAGUACAUCACAGCCAAAGCAGACUUCAGAACACUCCUGAAAGAGACCAAGUUCAUCACCUACAAAUCUCGUAAGUUGAUGCACGAGUCCGAGCAGCACUUGUCGGACCUUGAGAAAAUCUUGCAAAAAGAUAAAAGAUAUCUGGUCCUGGAGUGCGUGCCAGACGAAAGACACAAACUCCUCAUGUCAUAUGUGGAAGAGCUGGACCGCAGGGGACCGCCUCCCCCUCCCACCGCCUUUGAACCUGCUCGACGCUCCACUAAGUGAUAACGCGCACCUCCCAGAUAUUUUCCUCAUUCCUUGGCACCCCAACACCGAUAGACUGCCAGUAUAGAUCACUACAGCCCAAAAGGUCUACAAGUCAGACCUCUGGAAGUCUAGGGCGAGGUGGGUUGUAUACCUCAGAGCGGUUGUACGAGUGGGAUAAACUGAUAUCAGUACUCAUUUAUGAUUCAUACAGAAUCUGGCCCAGAAAUUGACAUGCUUCAUGUAAGACACCUAGCAUCAAAUUUAUGGGAUAACCUACCAAACAAGAUGAACUUAAGACACUAGAUAAGUAUUUGGAUCAAAUUUAGAGGGGUUUUCGUAGGAUUCAGGUCAUCUAUACCAAAAGCCAGAGAGUAUUAAAGACACACUUUAUCCAUUAUCCAUCCAGUUUUGUCUUUGGUUGAUAUCCUAAAGGAUAUGAGUCACCUGUUUUAAUUCAUUUAUCUCAAAAUCCAUCUUUUGUCUCCCACCUCUCCCAACUGUUUAAAAAAACUGUGAUUUGUUAAAACUGGGAGAACGUCUCAGUUUCUGGAACAUUUAUUUGGUGGCUGCCGUCACCCACAGAUAUUCAAGAAUUACGAAAAGCCUCUGUGUGCAUUUGUUAUUUUAACAGACUGUUUGGUCAUGUUUCUAGAUGAUGAAUAUGUAUGGAUCUAUUCAUUAGUUUGUUUACAUUGUGUAAUGACCGCACUGGCAGUUGACCAUGUCAGCAAGUCGUACGGUUUAAUUUAACUGUUCAGAUGUUUCUUACAAAAAUCUUGUUUCUUGGACUUGUUUUAUGUACAGCUGAACUUGAAUAAAAGCAACCCAUUUUUUAAA